ACAUUCUCAAGAGAAGGAUGGUGUAAUGUUUUCGGUUGGUUAAAUUUACUUUUCUUACGAUGGAAUCAAUUAGUCCCGAUGGUGAUAGUGGUGAUAAAUACACCAUUAAUGGAGACUGUUCACCGACUUCAAAUAAAGACUCCAACAGCUUAAAUCAUGCAAAAAAUAUCGAUGACAUCUCUACGCCUUCUGAAUUGAAAUUCGAUGAAGACUUUGAGUUCGAGGACCCCGAUGUCACCAAGAAGCGAAAAGAAUUAGAAAAAUGUCUAUCAAAUCCAGAUGUAGUAAACUUGGAACAAUGGGUAAACUUUGCUAAAAGUAAAGCUGGUUUGAUUUCUGAUGAAUAUAGAAGAAAAAUAUGGCCUCUACUAGUUGGUGUUACACAGGAAGAGAUGACGGAACCGCCAUCACUUGAUGAACUGUCCACACACCCUGAAUAUAAUCAGGUGGUGUUAGAUGUGAACAGAUCUUUAAAGCGUUUCCCCCCUGGCAUUCCAUAUGAACAGAGAGUGGCUCUCCAAGAUCAGCUGACAGUGCUCAUUUUACGAGUUAUCAUGAAAUAUCCGCAUUUGAAAUAUUAUCAGGGUUACCAUGAUGUAGCAAUUACAUUACUUCUGGUGUGUGGUGACAAAGCUUCCUUUCCCUUGCUGUGUCGACUGUCAUACGGGCCGAGUGCUCCGCUAGCACCGUUCAUGCAGACUACGAUGCAGCCCACACAGCACCUGCUCAACUACAUGCUGCCUGUGAUACGCAGAGCUGAUGAAAGGCUGGCAGACUGCUUAGAAAAGUCGGGCGUGGGCACGAUGUUCGCGCUGCCGUGGUACCUGACGUGGUUCGGGCACAGCCUCAACCGCUACGCGGACGUGGUGCGGCUGUACGACUACUUCCUGUGCGCGGCGCCGCUGUUCCCCGUCUACGUCACGGCGGCGCUCGUGCUGCACCGCGCGCCCGACGUGCUGCUCUGCGACUGCGACAUGGCCAUGAUGCACUGCCUGCUGUCCCGGUUACCGGAUGACUUGCCGUUUGAAGACAUUUUGGUGACAGCGAAAAAAUUAUACGACGAAAACGACCCGACCGACUUGGAGCCCGAGGUCGCGGCGCUAGAGAAAAGAGAGGAGCAGCAGCGGCGCGCGGACGAGGAGCGCAUGCGGCGGCGCGCGGCGGAGCGCGCGGGGCGCGGGCGCGCGGGCGGCUGGCGCGCGCUGCCGGCGGCGCUGCGGCGGCCGGGCCCGCGCCGCGCCGCGCUGGCGCUGGCGGCCGCGCUGCUCGCCGUCUACGUGUACUACCGCCCCGACCUCUUCAGGGAGCGCGAGGAUGACUUGUGAUGUAGGGUGACAAUAAAACAUGGUGUUACGUUCCUUAUUUUCUUUUUUUAAUUUAUUUUGAAUGUAAAACUAAAACACAUUUUUUUUAUCGAUAAACAUGUAAUUAUACGUAUAUUUAUUUUAAAGACAGAAAAUAUAUAAUUUAUAUAUUAUAUUGUAUCACGAAAAAAGGACUCGUCAUUCUUGAUUUUCCUAUUGCUAAAUAGAACAGCUAAUUUGAUUAAUGAGUUCUCAAUUUAUUAUAUCACAGCCAUAUAAGCUAAGGUAAACAGUUGAAGGUUAUAAGGUUACAUAUAGUAUAUUGCCAUGCGUUAUUAGCUACUUAUAUCAUUUGUAAUUGAUAUUAUUACACUACCAAAAGGAGUAAGUAGAUUGGACAUAUUAUAUAUGUGAGUGAGUUUAUAAAAGAUGUAUUAACUUCUUGAGCAGAAUAAUGAGUAUUUUAUUCCAUAAAUAAACCAUGCCUAUGGACCAUAAAACCAGGGUCGAAAGGUUUCAUAAUGAAGUAAAAACUAACAAAAUUUCAAAAUAUUACAGAGAGCUGGAGAUCAACAGUUUAUUUUAUUUAUAAUUAGA